GCUCAGCAGUUGAGUGCAGGAAGCUCAGACAUGUCUGCCACUGUGACUGUGACCGCCGUCUCUCUGUUCCUCUUCGCCUCCAUCCAAGGGUUCGCAACUGAUCCAGUUGUGCUGACAACAGCACUGGUGGGUGAGAAUGUCACUCUGCACUGCAUCCUAGACAACCAUAGACUUAACAUCUCCCAGAUUGAGUGGACUAAAACAGAAGAAUUUACAGAGCAAAAGAUAAUCAUUUACAACCCCAAUUACGGAGCCCAUUCGUUUUGGGACAACGUGACGGUGGAGGCAGUAGUGGAUCAGGGUCAGAGGCUGAGGGGAGCACAUCUGCACCUCUCAGGAGUCCAGAUAGAGAACAGUGGGCUUUACAACUGUGACCUCAGCACAUACCCAAGCGGCUCCAUGAGGAUGUCUAACAAGCUGGAGAUCAGAGGACCAACCCUUGAGACCCCUCUCUCAAACAGUACAACAGACGAACUCUGGAGCCGAAAUGGGAGCCUGACAGAAUCAAGCCACACCACCAGCCUUCCCAGUCACACAAAGACCAGAAGUUACACUGACACCAAUACCAAUGUGAGCUGGACCUCUGGUCUCCACACCAACCUCACAAAUCCCACAACCGAACUGUCUGACGUCACCACUGCAGCAAUGAACCACAGCCUCUCUCUGGAUGACAUCACUUCCUCUUCUGAAGAACCAGACAUGCCCACCACCACGCUCCCGGUCACCCAAACAGUCCUGGACCAGUCAGUCAACUCCUCUGAUGACCUGUCAAUCAAGACUGGCGAGGCAACGCAGGGGUCAACGUUCAGUUACCCCACCCACGGUCCAACCACAGCGCCGCCUCCGGUCCAAUCAGAGUCCACCUAUCCAUCCACAAACCAAUCAGACACCUCUCUGUGGAAUAUGAGUCUGUGGAGCACAGUAGGUUAUACAGGGCAUGGAUCCACCCCACAGACCUCCAGCCAGGCUGACGAGGAAAGGCCUCUAUCACCCUCUGUCUUCCCAGAGGAAAACACCCAAACAGCAGCUUCCACUCAGAGCAGUGACCCUAACACCAUAGGUGUCAUCAAAGACGAUGCGUCUGAUGGUCCUCAAAGGUAUGCAGCGUUGGUCAUCCUGCCUAUCAUCGCCCUCGUCAUCCUGCUUGGAAUUCUCUACAGAAGAUACCAAGUCCAGAAAAUGAUGGACCUACCUCCUCCUUUCAAGCCCCCUCCCCCCCCCCUGAAGUAUUCAUCUGUGAGGAGUGAGAUCCCAAUGACUGACAUCCUCACCUGAAGAGGGAGCUUGACUGGCAAUAUGGAUCAUUUUCUUCACUUUUACUCUCUCUCACUCACGCUCUCUCUCUUGCUUUCUCUCUCUCUCACCUGUAUUCCAGUUCUCAUGUACCAUCUUUAAAGAAUAUUGAACCUUCAUUAAUUUCAUGUUCAAAUACUUAUUUUUUACAUGUUACCCAUUGACGUAUGUUUUAUAAUGUAUAUUGCUUUGCACCAAUUUAUGUCAACGUUGAAUACACAGGUUUAACUUUUACUUCAUUAAUUUGCAUUCAAACAUAAACCUGAACAAAUAACAUAUUAAAUUAAACAAAUCUGUUUAUAAAUAUAUAUUUAUAUAUAUUUAACAAACUCUAAAGUAUCUGUACCUUUUAACAAUUUGUAAACAUUUAUAAUAAAUAAAUGCA